CAAUGGGGGGUCGAGUUCUGGAGGGAUAACCGGGGAUAUGGAGGGCUUCAGCACCAGGACAGCAUCAUGGAGAGCUUCUCGGCUGAAACCAGCUGUUGAUGAGUAUGGAUUUGUUAGCAAAGGAGAUACCAGGUAUAGCUUUCCUGACCAGCUUGUUGGUCAAGCACUAACCUAGACACCCGGGGAAGAUUAUUGGACAGAAAGAGCCAGGAAAGGUUAACUAUCCUCCCCUCCCCAUAAAUCCAACCUUUGGAUCCCAACAACUCACAUGCCAUUAGGUACUACACCGAGAUCACCGAGAAGUACGUCAAAUUCUGCGGCUCUUCAGACAGCAGCACGGACCUCGAUGUCAAGCUAGCAGCGGCAGUCCCCUCAACGGGAACAAUGGUAGCCCAGGGCAAGAAUGCCCGCUACGCCGACUCCCACAAUGCCGAACUUGCCAGCAUAAUCCUCUCAAUGCGGAAGUUGCGAGAAGGGAUUGUAGGCUCUUCCCGAGUCGACGCUUUCUCCUCAAAGGCUUACAUGUUCAUGAUCCGGGUAUCAAUCCUCAUGAAGCAUCCGGAUUCGUACCACCCCGCUAUUCAGCACCUGCUCUACGAUAUUCACCCGUACGUGCCAUUGUCAGCCAGCGAGAAGCAGGAAUUCGCUGGAUACCUUGUGCUUCAUCUUGCGAGCAAGAUGAAGGCCUAUAACGAGGCAUUCAUGGUUAAGAGGGAGUUUCAGGUGACGGACUAUAGGAUCUUGCAGGCCGUUGAUGCGAUGAUCCAAGGUAAUUACUGGAGUUUCAGGGCUACGCGGAGGAAGGUGGAUCUGUAUAAAGCCAGGUUGUUGGAGGAUGCGGAGCAGCGGAUGAGGGAUCAUACACUGAAGUGUUUGGGGAAGAGCUACUUCACUGUGGACGUGAACUACUUGGAGAGCGUCACGGGGGCCAAGUGGGAUGAAUUGAAGAAAGAAUUCGGCGUAGGAUGGGAUAUGAACAGUGCUGGAAUUGUCACCGUCAGGAAGCAGAAGAGGCCUGAGCAAAAAGUCGCUCCACCGACGCCGCCAGUAAAGCUGGAUGCGAACUUUAAAGCUUGGGAAUAGAAAACUUGUUUUUAUACCCUUCAAUAGCAGGCCGCUGUGUUAGGCCGUGAUGAUACC